UAUCCGCUGAGAGUGAUACACGCGGCUUACUCUCUAUGUGAAGAUACACCGAUGUCAAACUCAGCUUGCAUCCUACUAGAUGGUCUGACAAGCGUCUGGGAAGCUUGAGACAUGCAUGGUCAGCGAAUGCAUGAUCGCCACUUACUGCUGCAAUGCGUGCUCGAUUUCCACACCCUCGUGCAUCAAGUGCGUUUCCAAACCUCACCUCAACCACGACCACAUGCCCUCGAAGUCCGAUCAUUGUCGUCAGUCAUCCGGUGUUUCCACUUUCUCGUCCAAAAGAGGGCGAACAUGCCAAGCACAACAUGUCCUGUGCGAAAUUUAGCAUCCUGAGGUUGCCCACGGAAGGAAAGGAUGGUCCGAGGCGGUUGCCUGCUUGUAAGGAUGAGAUGUAAGAGGACCAAGGGUUCACAACCAGCACUGAGUGAUUGGUUUUUGGGAAGGCGCGACCGAGUCGGAUGGAAGCUCGUGGCUGGAGGAACGACGUCGCAUGGAACAGCGAUCGUUGUCUUAUUGUCUCUUCUCGGUUCCUUGUCGUUACCAAUCUCCAGUGUGUUCGAUGUAAGUGUUGGAUAUGUUUGCCGAUGUCUGGUUAUCGUUAGUACCGCCGCUCUCUUCUUUUCUCUUUCUCUAUUCUGCAACCCUCAGCGUCUGGUAGAAAAAAUAUCAUGUCCUCCCAUUUCUAUUCACCUUCGCCAUCAAACAAUCAUACAUCCCUAUACUCUUCUCGCCCACGCUUCUUCUACCCCUUCUCUCGCUUAUCCCCCCAGAAAAAAAGAAAAGAAAAAACAAAAUUCCCUGCCCCCACAAAAUCCCAAAAUUUCACCAAAAUUUCACCCCCCUGCCCUCGAAACACAACCACAACACCUCUAUAUACUCUGAGGGUCAUGGCAAGGGCAAAAAGAAUGCUACUCUAUGAACCUGACCCGACUUGAACGGAUGACCUUGUGGAAUUACCUAGUUAAGACUGGAAU